GCUCACGAACAACUUCGGGGACUGAUAACCCAUAGAGAAACACACGAAGUCAACAUCCUAAUCAUCUUAUAAAUAUAUUGUUAAGUACUAUGAGCCCUCUUGUUCUUCUACUCGAGUGUCGUUCAUCCCCGUAGCAUCUCCUGGCUCCUGCUCUGUCAAGAACACUUGGUCUCAGAAGUAUCCUUUGCUCCCGCAUGAAGUUGCAGUUGUGUUUCGUCUCGUGAAGAAUGAAAUAACCUCGAAGAAGAUGCAAUCCUUCAUUUAAAUCAAUGGCUCUCCUUCAAAAUCCUUCAUGAGCGAAAUCAAUUGCGAUACAUAGAAGCGACGAGCAGGCCAUGGACACGUAGUUUUCACAGAUCCGUGAAUGUUUGAGCUAGAUAAAUAGUCAGUGUGAGGUGAACUAGAAGUAGAGAAAAAGAUGGAGAGCAAUACCAACAGUCUUCAGGAGGCUCAGCAACAGCCGAACCUGCAGGUGGGUGGUUCCUCCUCCUCCUCGGCACCGCAUCCAGAGGAGUCGCAGCAGCAGGAUAUCUUCGGUGUGAAGAAUGAGAAUUUCGACUGUACUCAGUUGAACCCGGGAGAAAGCUACGCACCUAUUCAUACGCAAGAUAGUGCGGCUGUCUACCCCUCAGCACCUGACAUCGUCUUGCCGGGUGAUACCCAAUAUGACGCUGGAUCGCAGUAUUUUGAUCAGUCAUUAGCCCAGUCACAGGCACCAGGAGCAGCUGUGGAGCAGCAGGACGGAGCUGGAGGAGCAGUUGGACAAGCUGAAGAUCAGUCAUUGUCAAAUCAACAUGCAGGACUACAACAACCAACUACCGAAGGACUACUACAACAAGCUCCCCAAGCAGAUAGUCUAGACCCCCUUGGUCAUCUCGGAGGAGGUGUUUCAUCUGUAGUGGAAGGCGUUCAUCUAGUCGAUGCACCACCAGGUAGUAGUGAAGACGAUGAGGAGGCAGGGCAGGAACAAUACGCUCCUCCAGCUGCGUCCGAUGAAGAUGAUGACGCAAUCUUCGGCGCUGCGGCUGACAGCGCAGCGAUUUUCGGAGGCGCAGCUGCAAGCAAUGCUGACUUGCUAUUCGGUGCUAUGGGAUCCGCCUCCGGUCAACAACAACCUGGAGGACACGGGCUUGCUAGUGCUAAUAAUAGUGCUAAUGCUGGACAUGAUACAUACAGAGAUUUGCAAGAGCAAGGGGGAUUAUCGGAAUUGGAUUUUCUCGAAGGUGGGGGAGACACAUUUGCGAGUGUUGGAGGUGGAGUGAAAGCAGAAGAAUUGGUAAGUUGAUAAUUUUUCUGACUUUGUUUGAUCGCGGCUGCUCCUGUUGCUCUUCUUUUAUCUCAUGACAUGAAACAAAAAUGAAAUGAAUUUGAUAUGAAUCUGCAAAAAUUUUCUACAGCGGAGGUCAAAUGUUGACUCACAUUCAUUCAUCAAAGAUAUUUACUAGUGCUGCUGUUCAACAGUUACUAAAUCACAAGAUAAAGAAACAAAUCUCGUGCUCCUGUGACAAAACAAAUCAAUCAAUAGAAAUUAAUCCGUCAAACACAGGACGCAGAUGCUGCCGCGAAAGCAGCUGAUGACGAUGAAUUAGAUCAACUCUUUGGGUCUGACAAUGCCGACGCAGCUCCAGCUGAGGCAGCUCCUGCAGAGGAGGCGCCCCCAGAGGACGAAUUCGACGAAUUGUUUGCUGAAGAUGUACUUAUAUUUUGUAACUAGUUGUUGCAUCUUCGUUUAGUCUAGAUGUUGCUGUUGGUAUGCUAGGCAAUGUUAGACAGCAUGUAAUGUAAUCUUUGUUUUUUAGCACCUCUCUUUUUACCAGGAAAUUCAUCUUGUGAAUAGAAAAAUUCAAUCUAUUCAUCUUGUCCGAGGAUAGAAGUUUCGAGGAGAGCGACAAAAAGAAUAUUCCUUUACGUCGACAGGAGGUACAACGUGGUUGUACACAUUUAUUGUGACAAGAAGAUUAUCUACACACUCAAAACACAGCUCGACAUUGAUAUGACGCAAGGCUUGUUGCCACCAGAGGAAGCUCAUUUGCAAUUGCCUCCGACCACUGGAGCUAGAAUCGACGAAGAUGAAGAAGACCUGUUUGGUGCCAUUAGCGAGGACGAUGCUGAUGUCACCGCAGAAGCAAUAUCCCUGGCAAGAGCGGAAUUCGAAAAUAAAAGGGAAGUGAAGGAGGUAAUCUUAUAGAUACAGGAGGGCUUUUGGUCAUUCAAUAUUGCAUACAACUAGUCAGCUCAAUGUUGCAACAUCAGCGAGUCUAUGCAUGGCAAUAAAAGAAACCACCUCGUCCUCCAACACCAACAUCCACACCACACACCGUACUAACAGAAUUGCUUGUUCAAGAUUCCGAAUGUCAUAAGCUGGGAGGCUAAGGCUUUUGAUCCCAGUGCGCCUAUCACGCAGCCUCUAGCUCAUAUGUGGGCUGAGAAAGAAGAUGUAUCGGGACGAACUGUGAUCAAGCUGAAAAACCCAGAAAAUACCUUUCGAUGGCGAUUUAAAAAGGAUGAAGAAGGAAAGAAGAUACUCGAUGCAAACGAAUUUCCAGUGUACUUUGAAGAUUUUUAUUGCGUCCUAGCUAGUGCGUGAAGGUUCAGAAGUGUCCUGUAACUCUAUGAUGUUGUAUUCCAUCUAACGCCAUCUCAAUACUUGGACUUCCUUGAUGACUACUUCUACUUCUUCAAAUCAAAUCAAAUUCCCCCGACCCCACACUCUCCUACUCCUAAAUUCUCAACCACCAGGUACGAAAGCAACGGCAAAUUCGUCGAGUUCGAAAACGGAGAUAAGUUUUUGGUGAUCGGCAAAGAGUAUUUCCCCAUUAUGGAGUCUGAGCAUAAAGUUGGCCGAGAGCACCUUUUCUCGGAGAUAUCUCCCAACGUUUUCGCUCAUCACAAACCGAUUUUCAAGACGGCCACCUGUAUCCCCAACAGCAUUUCCUCAACGACGCACGAAAUGUUGAUGAAAGCGCAGAUUAAGAAGGUACUCUUGUUAUUUGAACAACGAUGAUCCAUAGAAGUUGUAAUUUAACGAGAACAAAAGGAACUACUUAUCUUAAGAUCAUGUUCUUCAAGAAUAUGUCGAUUCUUCUCUGCACCACUUACAUGUCGAUUCUUCUUUUUAGUACUCAAAAAUCCGUUCGACAGGUCCAACCCAACGCUUCGAUCAAGCAAGUUACGGCGAAGCAGGUUGCGGAGAGGCAACAGCGUUACGAGCUUGAUCAAGAGGCAGAGAGGAAACAGCGCAAGGCGGUGAAGGAUAUGCAAUCUCAGAAGAGGAAGCAACAGGUGUUGACAGCCGAUUUCUUGGAGGACGACAACUAUGGAGUGAGUUUGAAGAAAGUGAAGAACGAAGGACGAGGAAAAAACAUGGACAGUGGGUUCCUCAAUCGGGCUGCCGGGUUUUUGGGGCAAGGCCCGGAUGGAGGACAGUAAAAGAUAAAUAUUUUUACGAUGGGAGGCGGAGGUCGAAGAGAAAGAGAACGUCUGCUGUAUCAAUGUCAAUUACUUAUAGGAGUAGUGGUGCGUGUAGUUGAUGAUGAAAAACUACAGGUAGUUGUAAUCGUGAUUGUGAAAGAACGAAACAAAAAUGUUAAUGUUUUUCAUCUUCACGAAACACGGGAAGAAAUUAAACACGAUCACCCUUAAGAAACGCAGAAGGGGAGAUGAAAGUUUAUCAGAUAAUGCUACAUAGAAACUGCUAUCCUACAACUCGAUUGCUUUAUUUGCUUUAUUUGUCAACUAGAGUUAGAGAAGGGAAAUUCUCUUGUUUUUCCACAAAAAUGACGCGCAGAAAAUUUUUAACCAAUGACUAUAAUUUUUCGUAGAUAUUAAUUCCAUAUUUUUUAUCGUCUGAAGAUAGUACGGAUACCCCCCGAAUUAGAUGAAAUGAAUAAAGACAUUGAGAUAUGACGUGUUUGUGAAGGGUUGUGAAACAUCAUAUGACCACGCAGAUGUCUCAAAGGUGAGAGAAAUGACAUAUGUUGAAUGAUGCUCGUGGGGGCCGCAGCCGCGCGGCGAACCAUUGUUCGCACGGAAGAACGCAUGCAUAUGACUAUCUCUUGACAUAGUAAUCACAAGAAGGUGCUUCUCAAAAUUACUACCCAAUCAUGAUACCGCGCGACACAAUAAGGCUUGUCGAAUAGAGCCGAGAGGGCGAUAUGGUCAUGCUUAUGUUUGAUGAUGAUUUUGAAGGUACCUACCCAUUUGUUCGCUGAGAAGC